CACUAUCUGCAUUAAUUGUAUGUGCAACAUGCAAGAAAGAAAUUACAUUUUCUCGAACUGCUGCUCGUGGACUGGGAUUUAAAAUUGCAUUGAAAUGCAGCUGUGAAGAUAUUGGCUAUAUUUCAUCCUCUCCAUUCAUCAACAAAGCUUAUGAAAUAAACCGAAGAAUUGUAACGGCAAUGAGACUUCUAGCAGUCGGGAGGGAAGGUAUAAAUAUAUUCUGUAGUGUAAUGGAUAUUUGUCAAGGUUUAGCUAUCAACACGUAUUAUAGUUGCCUUGAGAAAGUUGUUGAUACCGUGGUAAAAUCUAGUUUUUGCCAAGGUUGUAAUUUAUUGAGAACAAAAAAAAAAAAAAUGACGAUAUCGAGUCUUAUGAAUCUUGGUAUGAAGAACACGAAGAUUUUUGCACAAUAAACCACAACGGAAGUGCCGGGAAAAUGGAGGUUGAUGCUGUAAUUGAAAUGUUCGAGAGAUCGGUAGAGAUGCAUGGAGUGAAAUAUGUAAAAUACAUAGGUGACGGUGAUUCGAAAACAUUUAAAGGUAUUCUCGAUAUAAAUCCGUAUGCGGAUGACCCUGUAGUGGAAAAAAAGAGUGUGUAGGACAUGUGCAGAAACGUAUGGGCUCAAGAUUACGUAAACUCAAAAAAGAUACCAAAGGUCUGGGUGGCAGGGGUGAUGGCACAUUAACAGAUAAAAUUAUUAAUGAACUAUCUUUAUAUUAUGGUUUGGCUAUUUGUCGGCAUCCAGAUUCAGUUGAGGAUAUGCACAACGAAGUAUGGGCAACUUAUUAUCACAAAAGUUCAACCAAUGAAACUCCACAGCACAUGUACUGCCCAUCUGGUUCAUCAAGCUGGUAUAAAUGGCAAAAAGCAAAAGUUGACGGUACAUUGGAUGAUUUUGAUCAUGAAAAUCCCCCUCUGAAUGGAAAAGUGUUAAAAGCAAUCAAGCCAAUCUAUGAAAGUUUGUCAGAUGAAAAUCUGCUGCUACGUUGUUUGGGCUCAGAAACGCAAAAUAAUAAUGAAUCGCUAAAUUCAUUAAUUUGGACUUUUGCGCCGAAAUACAUUCAUUCAGGAACAAGAACAAUUGAAAUUGCAAAUUAUUUUGCAGUUUGCAUUUUCAAUGAAGGCUUCUUACCAAUUUUAAAAAUAAUGAGCAUCAUGGGAAUCACCAUUGGUCCAGAAGCCUAUGCAUUCGCUGAAAAACGGGACAAGACACGAAUACGUCGCUCUGAAGGACAAGCUUCUGAAGCUUCUAAGGAAGCUUGAACAGCCCGUUUAGCCGAAAGAAAUGCUGAAAAUAACAUGUUUGAAGAAGAAGAAGGUCCGAAGCAGGAAUGGCCGAUUAACGAAAUAUCACCCAAAGUGUUGGAAUCGUGUCAGGAAGGGCGCAC